CACUGACGGGCACUGAUUUGCGGCACUGAUGCACACUGAUAGGCGGCACUGACUGGCACUGACAGGUGGCACUGAUAGGUGGCACUGAUUGGCAGCACUGAUAGGUGGCACUGACUGGCAUUGAUAGGUGGCACUGACUGGCACUGAUGGGUGACAGAUGGCACUGAUGGACACUGACAGGUGGCGCUGCUGGAGCUACACAGAUCAUCAGGGCACACUGAUCAUCACUGUCAGCGUGACAGCUCGUGGGGAGAGAAAUGCCGAUAACCGGCAUUUCCCUGUUUACAUGUGAUAAGCUGUGAUUGGACACAGCUGGUCACAUGACUGA